AUCCAGGAUUGAGUGCCCCUCUUCUUGAUGUAUCAAAAAGCUUGAAGAGAAGGCCCACUUUCAAAGAUUUGAUUCAAAAUGAAGAAUUAAAAAACGCUCAAAUCGAAGAAGCAGAAAAGGAAACACUCGAGAUAGAAAAACUCUAUAAGCACCUUAUGCAUCCUCCGGAUCAUCUUUCACCCGAAACAUAUGAAGCUUUCACUCCGAAGAAAAGGGUCACUAAAAAACUAAAACCAAAUCAAAUUCAUGAACUUGGACACAGCGAACUUAUAUACUAUAUAUCGAAUUUUAAUAAAAAGGUUAAAUUAAGCAAAGAGAGAUGGAAAGAAGCAGAACGCUUAGAAAAUGCAGCUGUAGACUCACUUUAUCAAAAAGCUGCAAUUUUUUUUACAAAUCAUAUCAAGUCUGAAGAUAGAGAACUGGCUUUAAAGAAUAAAUUGAAGCAAUUGAGAGAAUUCGUAAAACGCCGUGCACCACAUAAUAUGGAUGAUAAGGAAUUACAUCAAACUAUUUUGAGAAAUCUUGUAAUCGAUCAAGGAUGGACAUUCAAGCAGGUAGAAUACGCACAUAGACAAACACAAGAAUUGAAGCAAGAAGCAUUUUGGUUAGCCAAAAAAUAUAUUUCUAGUGGCAUGGAACUCUUGGACAGAAUUAAAUUCUCGAUGAGAAAAUUCUUCAAUUUCAAGUUCAGCUUCAAAUGGCCAUGGAAAAAGUCAGCUUGAGCUACUCGACGUGGACAUAUCUGGAUCGAAUCUUCAACGAUUUUUUGAAAAUCUCGGUCAUCAUUACAGGCUGUUGAAACUUGCAUUGAAACUGAAUACCCUUUUCCAAAUGUAUGUUACUGUACCUCCAAACCAAAAGGUCUACAUUUCAACCAAAAGAUGUUCUAAGUCAUUACCACAGAAUAUCUUUAUUUUUUCUUGCUAAAAUAAUUUAUCAUCACAUCCACCAUGGAAGAAAUGUAUAUGAUCUUGUAAAUGACAUAAAUUUAAAGCAUGUUGAUUCAUUC